UAACGCCGACAGUGCCGACCUUCUGAUCUCUCAACACGAUCAGUGGGCAGCUGUGCUCAACUGGAUGCGUUAUGUCCCCGUAGCAGGCGCCGAGCCGGCGGCAGUACAGCAGGAGAGACAAAACCUGGCAGACAUUCUACUAUGCACAAUGCGCACAGUUAUCUGGAACAGCACCAUGGGUGACCUUCAUUCCAGGUCUACGCGGCAGCUGCAGCACGAUCUUAACCAUAACGUGAAGACGCUUGCAGCAACCGUCAGGAUCGUGGACUCCCAGCUGCAACAGAUGGACACCCGCAUUGCUGCUCUGGAGGCAAGGCCUUCCCAAGCAGCGCCAGGCUGCACGACAGACACGGCGAAACAACUCGGCGAGCGCAUCGACCAUGUCGUCAAUUUAAUCGGUGAACUAGGUGAUUUCACUAGUCCGGCCACGAUCAGCAGCAUGGUGGCCGCCAUCAAGACGGACAUCACCAAGCUGCAGACAAGACCGGACGCCGCUACAAGGACAUACAAGAUGCCGCACUUCAACAUCAGCGAGUUUGACGACUACAACAAGACGGACGCCUUGACAUGGUGGCAAAGCUUCCUCACGGAAGCAUCCUGCCGCACUGUCCCGGCUGAAGACAUGAUGAAGGCGCUCUACCUCCAACUGAUUGGAGGAGCACAGGCAUGGAUGAACCAUCUUGCGGCCACCAAGAAAUGCACCAUCGCCGAACUCCAAACGCACAUUCCGUGGAAGGAGUUCGAGCAACUGUGUUUCACUCGAUUCAUGGUCCGCAGCGUUGUAAAGGCGGCCAUGAACGAGGUGUACACCUGCUCUCAAGGUAGUAUGCCAACUCGAGACUGGACAACUAAGUGGCAGAAGAUAGUGACCACGCCAGGGUUCGAUUUGAGUUUUCCAAACCAACGAUCCGAGUUCUUCUCACGAUCGUGUGCAGGACUGCGAACGGCACUCGGCAACGAGUACGAUUAUGCCUCAUUCCAAGCUAUCCUGGAUCGUGCGAACCUGGUCAUCCAAACGGAUGACAAGACCGCUAACGAAUGGCAGCAGUCGCACUAUGUGGCUAAGCAGGGCUAUCAACGACCGACACAUAACAAUGCCGUGUUUUCUGAGGAAUCAGUCGAUCUCCACGCUGCAGCAGCAUCCUCGAGUGAUGAAGGAACUGUCACAGCGCUCCCGCCGAAGCGUCCCAAGAGAGUUCGAAAGAAAUCGGCGACACAAGCGACGACAACGACGGGAACUGGGCAGCAACCAUGGACGGCAUACAACACAACCAAGGAGCCGGUGUCUUUCAACAUCCUCGACACCAAGUUUGACAUGAUUUUAGGCAUGUCUUGGUUGCGUAGCGCCGAUCAUCCGGUGAACUUUCAUGACCGAACCGUUCACAUCCGUGAUCGGAACGGAGUGUUAGUCCCAUGUAAGGUCGCGACCCCUCACACUUCGAUUGCUUGUCAUGUGGUUUCUGUUGCGAGAAUUCGCGACGCCAUAGCUCGGAAUGACGUUGAGGAGAUGGGCCUUGUAUUUUUGCAUGCUCUCCCCUCGCCGGACGGACCAGCCGCGUCACCGCCGGACCCACACAUUACUCACCUCUUGGACGGGUAUGGAGACGUUUUCGAGGCUCCCACCGGAACGGUUCCGGACCGGCCCAUACGUCACGGAAUCACUCUCGAGACUGGCGCUGUCCCUUCGCGUGGAUGCAUUUACCGCAUGAGCGAAGAGGAACUCGAGGUGCUUCGCGCACAACUCGACGACCUCCUUGACAAGGGCUGGAUUCGCCCUAGUUGUUCGCCAUACGGUGCACCUGUUCUCUUCGUCCGGAAGAAAAACAAAGAUCUACGGUUAUGCAUCGAUUAUAGAAAACUUAACGCACAAACCGUAAAGAACGUCGGCCCUCUCCCUCGGAUCGAUGAUCUCCUUGAGAGGUUAGGCGGCGCGACGUACUUCUCGAAGUUGGAUUUGAAGUCAGGUUACCACCAGAUUGAAAUCCAGCCUCAAGAUCGGUACAAAACCGCGUUCAAAACGUGGUACGGGCACUUUGAGUGGGUUGUCAUGCCAUUUGGCCUCACCAAUGCCCCCGCGACUUUCCAAGCAGCUAUGACGACCGAGUUUCGCGACUUGCUCGAUCGCAGCGUCCUCAUCUACCUCGAUGACAUCUUGGUUUAUAGUAGGACGUUGAACGAGCACAUCGUACACCUUCACGCUGUUUUGGAUCGUUUGCGACUGGCCAAGUACAAAGCGAAUCGCGACAAGUGCGAGUUCGCCAAGCAGGAGCUUGAGUACUUGGGUCACUAUGUCACGCCGGAAGGCAUUCGUCCCUUAGCGGACAAGAUCCAAGCCAUCGUGGAUUGGUCGGAACCCCGUUGCACGACGGAUCGCCUGAGCUCGCACGACUCUUGCACACCGGUUGGAUUACCAACCAAGGUGUUCCGGAAGACGGUGAGCGACCGAGAUACUCGCUUCAUGUCGGCCUUUUGGACUUCACUUAUGGCUGAGUCCGGUAAGACAAUGAAGUCGAGCUCGGCUCGACACCCGCAGACGGAUGGCCAGACGGAGCGAGCACACCAGACCGCUCAGAUGAUGUUGCGUACGCUCAUCCGUCCCGACCAGAAAGAUUGGGUUGACCGGCUUCCCGACAUUGAUUUCGCCUAUAACACUUCUGUGCACCCGGUGAUCUGCGUCACACCAUUCGAGUUACAUCAUGGUGGAGAGAAAGCACGGAUCUUCGCUGAUCUCCUUCUACCACAGGCCGCCGACAUAAACGUCCCUUGCUCUCCCGCUCCCGUCCGGAAGUACCGGGACUUGCUGAUCAAAGCCCGCGCAAAUAUGCAAAAGGCUCAAAUCCGCAUGCAGCAGCAAGCUAACCGACGUCGACUCCCAUGUCCUUUCCGCGAGGGAGACCUUGUUUGGGUCCUCUCCGAGGAAUUUGCGCUCGAGCAGGACGUUUCGCGCAAACUCCGUCUGAAAUGGUUCGGACCAUUGGAAAUUACUUUUGUCGUUGGAGACGACCCCGCAGGUCCUUCCUUUGUGGUCAACAUUCCGCCGCACCUUCCAGUGCACCGGGUCUUCCACGCGUCGAAGCUGGCCAUCUACACGCCACCUUCCGCUGACGAGUUUCCGGGCCGACGAUCUCAGGAUCCGCCUUCUAUGGACGGAUAUCAGGAAGUCGACCGAGUCAUCACGCACCGCAAGUAUGGCAACAAGCCAAUGCAGUUCAAAGUCACAUUCAAGCAAUGUGCGCCUGAUGACACUCGGUGGAUCUCUUGUGCAGACUUGCAGACUUCUGCACCCCUUAUCUUCGCUAACUAUGAGAAGCGACGACUUGCCAAGGAAGCAGCUCGUCCCGCCCAACCCACCCCGAUAUCGGACAGACAACUCCGCCCUCGCAGGUAGCUCGGUCUUUUAAGAGGGGGAGUGUGUUACACAUUGUGUCACACGGGCCUGGGUAGGCCCGACAGAUUGGGGUUCAGGAGCCGGUCCAGGCCCAAGGCCGGACCUUUACCACGGC